GGCUCCUGAGGAAGUGGACUCCCAGUCCGAUCGCGUCUGGCUCUUACGCCGACGGUUUGCGGCGUUGCAACUUUGCGCCCCAAUUCCACCUCCAAACCCUCCCCACACCUCUUCUUCCACGUCUGGGUGAUGCGUACCGGGAAUAGAUCCGCACUCUCUCCAGCCUCUUCCGCGUAUUGGAUUUACAGGCGAACCUGGGCGCUGAAGGCAGCGUUUUGGGGGACUUUUACGACCUGCUCCUGCGUGGGAUUUCGGCGUUGAGUGGGUUCGGUUUCGAUGCAGCCCACUUUUGGACGAGGCCGUGCAGAGAAGCGCGCACACGGACGCACCAUGCAUUCGGUUUAAGAGCCCAUCUGAUCCAGUCCAAAGUGCCAAAUUAAGCCCAGAUGGCGAACGAGUGUAACCGCACCAUCGUGGAAAAUUACAUCUGCCAUAAACUCUCCAAACGCGGCUACGAGUGGGGGUUCGGCGCCUCCCGGGAGGACGAUGCUGCUAGUAACGGGCCACUAGUUGCCCCCUCGCCGACUUUGGUGCACCGGUGCCGCGAAGCCAGCGCCGGGCCCGACGGCGACGGCAACCAGAGCCUCUGCAAGCGAAGCCCCGGUUCGGAGCCCGAGCAGCUCGCCGCCAUCCACCGGGUCCUCCGCGAGGCCGGGGACGAACUUGAAAGACUUUACCAGCCGGACUUCACCGAGAUGUCGCGGCAGCUUUAUCUGUCCUCCACCACGGCCCAGCGGAGGUUCGCCGAGGUGAUUGACGAACUGUUCCGGGACGGCGUCAACUGGGGCCGGAUCAUCGCUUUCUUCGAGUUCGGGGGCACCGUGUGCGUGGAGUGCGCCACCAAGGAGGAGAUGACGUCGCAGGUGGACAACAUCGCCGAGUGGAUGACGGAGUAUUUGAACGCAUCCCUCAACAGCUGGAUACAAGACAACGGGGGCUGGGAUGCCUUUGUGGAACUCUACGACCGUCAGAGGGAAUCGGUGUUCAGCUGCUCCUGGCCCUCCAUCAAGACCGUCUUUGGCCUAGCUGCUCUGGGGGCGGCGAGCCUCACCAUCGGCGCGUACCUGACACAGAAGUGACCUUUUUUUGGCUUUCAUUUCACUUUAUUUUAAAAACACUUCUCAUCCCCAAUCCGGACUCUGCCCUCAUGCCCAGAAUAACAAGACACUUAAUAAAUGGCGACGUUGUAGCAUGAGCCUUCCUUGUGUUAGCAUAGACCGUAGUUGCAUGUGUCAUAUGGGAGCUGACACGAUGGUGGCGCCAGGCGCCAGCCCCCCGCACCACUCGCCCCUGGAGAAGAAGCAGCCUUGCCCCUGCUUGUUGGGCUGGUGGACCCUUUUGAACUUUGGGCUCCGGUUACCAGCCUUCUGUACCCCCCCCCCCCCAUGCACCCGUACUGCCAUCCAUCAAAGGACUUCCUGUGAAGAACAGCUGCUCAGAAUGAAUAAUGGACCAGCAUGGUGUGUGUACGUACAUGUGUGUUUGAUAGUGUGCAGUGUAUGGACUCAAGUAUUGGCACGCCUGGCAAUCGCACAUCCAAAUACAAAGAACCUCUCAAAAUUAAACACAAUAAUGUAAAAUGUCACCUUAACUAACUUUAAGUAAUAUUAUUAACCGAUCGAAUCCCAUCACGUGACAUCACGUCCGGCUAGAAACUUGGUACAACCACUUGGCGGGAAAACGGGCGCAUUUAUAGAGUACUGCCUGUGAGUACUUUUGUAAAUUUCCAUGCCAACAAAGCGAGCAUGCCUGAUAGAAAGCACUCCAAACCAAGGCCUCACUUUUCAAAUUGCGCUAGCUCGAUGCUAAUUUACACUGAAUUUGCCAUAGACAUGUCACCAAUUAGCAUUAGCGAAUUUACAUGGCGGUUUCAACACCUUCAAAUUUGGCAAUGAAAACUACAACGAAGAAGCAUGUUACAAUCAAAUAGCCGCUGUAUAAUAAGUAGUAUAUUUUCAGUAUAAACACUUUGUAGGGCUCAAUACAAGAAAAGACUGGCACAUUCAACUGAACCGGACUACGGCAACAUACCUAGGACAAACUGAAAUUAAUGCAUACUUGCAAAUGAGACUCAGAAUUGUAAGGAAACAUGACAGAACACAUUAUCUUGAUCAGCUCAGUAUUAAAUAAAUUAUUAUUGUAAAAAUAUAGUAUUGUAAAUAUUUAUGCGACUUGUCCACGGAGUACCCUGCCUUCCGGCCAAACACAGAUGGGAUAGGUCCCAGCCACCCCUGCAACCCUGAGAGGGACAAGCGGUAAAAAAUGGAUGGAUGGAUGGUUUCAACACAUUCAAAUUUGGCAAUGAAAACUACAACUAAGAAGCACAUUACAAUAAAAUAGCUGGUGUAUAAUUAGUAGUAUAUUUACAGUAUAAACACUUUGUAGGGCUCAAUACAAGACAAGACUGGCACAUCCAACUGAACGGCAAAGACUACUUCCUGACUACGGCAACACACCUAGGACAAACUGAAAUUAAUGCAUACUUGCAAAUGAGACUCAGAAUUGUGAGAAAACAGGAUAGAACACAUUAUCGUGAUCAGCUCAGUGUUCAAUAAACUAUUGUACCAGUAUACAUAUAAUAUUGUAAAUAUUUAUGCGACUUGUACCCCGCCUUCCGCCCAAAUGGUAGGUUCCAGCCACCCCUGCAACCCUGAGAGGGACAAGCGGUAAAAAAUGGAUGGAUGGAUUAUAUAUAUAUAU